AUGGCUGAUACAUCUAAGAAAGAGAGCUAUGCUGGAAUAAGAGACUUGAAGAAUCCCGCUCAGAUCCAGGAAGAAGAUAUUAUCUCCUCAGAUGGCACUUUGAUGGGAAAACAGAAUAGGCGGUUUUCAGAAGAGAACAAAAUUGUUAUCUACACAACCACUUUCAGAGGAGUUAGAACUACAUUUGAAGAGUGCAAGUAUCUACUUAGUCUUUUUCACAAUCAUCGUGUCAAAGUUGAAGAAAGGAUGUCUACAUGCAUCACACAUUUCUAUCGUGAACUUGAACAGAGAUUGGAUGGAAAAGUUGUUGUCCCUCAAGUGUUCAUCAAUGGACAACACAUUGGGGGAAAGGAGAAGGUAGAAGAACUAAAUGAGCUUGGAGAAUUAAGGAAACUAUUAGAGAAUUUCCCUAAAAUUGAUACAUUAAAGAAAUGUUCAAUGUGUGCUGGAUAUGAAUUUGUUCCUUGCUUGAAAUGUGGAGGAAGUAAGAACAGUGUUGUCAAUAAUUUCACUUCAGAGUUCAGAGCGCUCAAGUGUACCUCUUGCAAUGAAAAUGGUUUGCAACUCUGUCCUCAAU